UCUCGCAGUGGGCGGAAGCAGCUGCGACUGAUCGCAAGCUGCAAACUAGCCGCUAGCUUAUCGAUCGUCGGCGGGAGCAAUGAGUGCUUUUCUCCUUUCAGGUGUUUACCGUGACGCGGCAAGACAUGGUUCUCUGGAGACCACCGUUCAAGGUCUGAACUGGUUUGUCAGCCUUGUGUAGCAUUUUUGGGUUUCCGCCCCUCAAGUGUCCUCUAGACCCCUGGUCCCGACCAUGGUGGUCUGAAGAGAGGGAGGCACAGUGUUUGUGUGAGCGUGCGUCGACUCUUGAGGGACCCUCGGAGCAGCUAAGAGAAGUAGCGCACUUUUUCCACGCUCCAUUCCGACAUGUCUAGCAACCGAGAACUGGUGGUGUUCUACAUUAGUUAUAAACUCUCGCAGAGGAACUACCCGCUCAGCCACAUGGGACUCAUAGAGGCGUCCAACAGGACUGAUGGGGGGGAGGAAGGCUCGGGCGCGGAGGAGGCGCGGGUGCCGACGAACGCCAACGGGACUUUUAACGGCGGCAGCCCGCCAGCGUCGCCGACGCGGGAGGCGUCGUGCCCGGCCGGCCUGGACGCGGUCAAGGAGGCCCUGCGGGACUCGGCCAAUGAGUUUGAGCUGCGCUACGCCCACGCCUUCAGCGACCUGCACCACCAGCUGCACAUCACGCCGGCCACGGCCUACCAGAGCUUCGAGAACGUCAUGGACGAAGUGUUCCGGGACGACGUCAACUGGGGGCGCAUCGUGGGUCUGUUUGCGUUCGGUGGGGCGCUGUGCGUGGAGUGCAUGGAGAAGGAGAUGAGCCACCUGGUGGGCAGGAUCAUCGAGUGGAUGACGGUCUACCUGGACAACCACAUCCAGCCCUGGAUAGACCGCCAAGGAGGAUGGGAGCGCUUUGCUGAGAUCUUCGGGCAGGACGCGGCGGCGGAGGUUCGCAGGUCCCAGGACACUUUCAAGAAGUGGCUCCUGGCCGGGAUGACGCUGGUGACCGGGGUGGUGGUGGGCUCGCUCAUCGCCCACAAACGCCUGUGAUGUGACCCCCAGCGACCCCCAAAAACACCUGCCUCCUUCACUGCCUUCACCCUCAUCACCCACACCCACACACACACACACACACACACACACACACACGCACGCACAGAUCUAGAUAAAGGUUGUUUGGUGGAAGGAGGUGUUGACUUUGUUGUCCCGCCUACUCGUGGCCAUCAUACGUGUUCUUGUUUCCUUCCCGUGCACACAUUCACACUGAAUCCACGCUCUUCCUCCUCCAAGCAGACCAGACGUCAUUCCCUCCGUCCUCAUCCAUCUUUUCGUUGCUUGCUGACGGCCCCUUGCAGACAUGACCUCGUCUCCCAUCGGGAAUAGUGGAAAUGACAAAAAGAUCUGUUCCGGGGUUAACAAGUCCACCACGAAUGCUUUAAGCUGACUGGAAUGAAUAAUUGGAUUGCUCACAAAAGUUCUAUGGUUACCGUCAUACUUUUCCUGGUGAGACGAGUCAAGUGAAAGUACCGGUCCUUUGUCCGCGAUGCUGACACGGCAGGCAUUGCUAGAAUAAGUCAUUAGUAGUCGCAUUUCUCAUAUUGCACCGAGCAGUCAAAGCCUUGGCUCCAGUUCUGAUUCUAUGGUUAUCAUCACCUUUUGCUGACACGCCGCAGUGAAGACAUGAGGGGCAACUUGACCGUGGAACAGAUCGUUUGUGUUUUCAUUGUUUGCGCAUCCGACCGUGUUUGACCGGCAGACAUUACUAGUCGAUGCGGAGAGUGAUGUAGUGGGCGGCCACUUCCCGCCAGAAGGAGGCGGCGUGAUGCUGCGCCUGUUGUUGACGUGUUAGUUUGUAACCUGUGGUGCUUUUUUUUUUUUUUUUUUUU